GGUUCCGGACAGCUGGUCCUGGCAGUCCUGUAUGGCGUGCCCGGUCCAGUUCUGUGCAGGGGGGCUGCGCACUGUUGGAUUAGUUCUUCUCUACUAUGUCUUCUCUAUAGGCAUCACUUUCUAUAACAAAUGGCUAAUGAAGGGCUUCCAUUACCCGCUCUUCAUGACUUUAGUUCACCUCACCAUCAUAUUCUGUCUGUCAGCUCUGACACGGCAGGCCAUGCAAUGGUGGACAGGGAAACCUCGCAUCACUCUGAGGUGGAAAGAGUACCUCAACAAAGCAGGGCCUACAGCUAUUGCAACAGCUCUGGAUAUUGGACUUUCAAACUGGAGCUUCCUCUUCAUCACCAUUAGCUUGUACACCAUGACCAAGUCCUCAGCAGUGCUGUUAUCCUCUUUUUCUCCCUGAUCUUUUAAACUGGAGGAGCCAAACCCAUUCCUGAUCCUGGUGGUCCUGUUGAUCUCUGGUGGUCUCUUCAUGUUUACCUUUGAGUCAACCCAGUUUAACCUGGAGGGAUUUAUUUUGGUGCUGCUGGCAUCCUUCAUAGGGGGGAUUCGCUGGACCCUCACUCAGGUCCUCAUGCAGAAAGCAGAGCUGGGCCUUCAGAACCCCAUUGAUGCCAUGUACCACCUCCAGCCUCUCAUGUUCCUCGGUCUCUUUCCGCUCUUCCUCUUUAAUGAAGGGCUGAGCCUCAGUACCUCAGAGAAGUUAUUCCGGGUGACGGAGCUCUCUCCUCUCCUCUAUUCCCUCUUCACGCUAAGCAUCGGAGGCUCACUGGCUUUUGGUUUGGGCUUCUCAGAGUUCCUGCUUGUCUCCCGAACCUCCAGCCUCACUUUAUCCAUAUCAGGGAUCUUUAAGGAAGUGUGUACUCUGCUUUUAGCUGCUUCUCUGAUGGGAGACAAGAUGAGUCUUCUUAACUGGCUGGGAUUCUUCGUGUGUCUGUGUGGGAUUUCAUUACAUGUGGGACUCAAGACAUAUUAUUCCAAAAACAAGGGUCCUUCUUUAAGGCAGCUCAAGAGUAAGAGCCCAGAACUUGAGCUGCCAUUGCUGCAGCAAAACAGGGAUGAAGGUGAGGACUUGCCUACUGACGAAUCUGACUUUGAAGACCAAGAGAUCGCUGUACACUGACGGGACUUGGACGCGAUCUCUGUGCUACUCAUCCCUUUACAACUCUUGUUAGAUGGUUUGAACAGUGAUGUCAGAGAAGUGCUUCAGGUUUGGGAAACACUGCCACAAAAAUAAGAGAGUGCCCCC